AUGUCUGAUGUCCAAGACCCUUCCGAUUUCCCACAACAGUCUGAAGCUCCUGGUCUACGCCUACUUGAUUCUGCUCUACGAUGCACAAUCUGUUCAGAACUAUUUGAUGGGCCUGUAACUCUCAAAUGUGGGCACUGUUUUUGCUCUUUGUGCAUUCGACAAGCAUUGGCUGAAAAGCAAGAAUGCCCUGCUUGUCGCGAGUCCGAUGUAAAUGAAGGUCAUUUGCGAAAGAACCCGGCAAUGGAAGAGGCAGUCGCUGCGUGGAAGGAAUGUAGACCAUAUAUACUUCAGGUCCUUGACGAGAAUAGCCGGCGGGUUCAAGUUGAAUCAUCCAGACCUUCCAAAAGGCGGAGGUUACAUGACGAGUUAGAGUCAACCAGCGAAAUCAUCUACGUUGAAUCUACGGCGUUUCAGGAUUCAUCCACUCCCACUCAUUCUGAACAAGCCGAAUCAGAUACGCCAAAUUCAAACAAAAAGGACACCCAGUCUGCACGACCCGACGAUCUCAUCGACUGUCCUUUGUGCAAUAAGCGCGUCAAAUUCAAAGAUAUCAAUCGACAUCUAGAUGAACAAUGUCGGGAUGAGCACGAACCUGUUCGCUCAUCGUCUAAGUCUCAAUGGGACAGUAUACUCGGUUCCAAAAGUAAGGUUCAAAGUUCAAAGAAGAGGCAAAAGGAGAGAGUAUUACCGGAGGAUAUGGAUGAUUCCCUGCCAACAAAGUCCUACGAUACUUUGAGAGACAAAGCAAUCAGAGAUUUACUGCACGAACAUGACUUACUCACAACCGGGGACCGUAAGACGAUUGUCGCACGACACCAGCGCUGGGUCAUCAUAUACAAUGCCAAUCUAGACAAGACGCAUAAAAUGCGCAAAUCUUUGACCUCUCUUCGACGCGACUUACGGGAUUGGGAAACGCAGCAAAAGAACAAAACGAAGCAUGAUCUUCCAGAUCCUACUGCGUAUCAGAUACAACAAAAAUCAGAAUUCGACAUGUUGGUGGAGGCCGCGAGACCAAAGGAAACUUCUAGUGCUAUUCGAAAAACAUUAUCUCGUCAUGGACAGACGGAACUUAGUGAUAGCUCAAGAUCAAGAACCAAGAGCUUGUCUCCUGCCGAGACUAUCAUCAUCGUUGACUGUGAAGGGGAAAAUUAG